AUGGCGGGUUCUUCCAAAAGCGUGCGUUUUGGGGACUCUAAGUUUGAGGAAACUCUACGACAGUGGUAUGAGGAACUUGAAAGUGAGUGUAGUGACUAUGAGGACUACAAAGGCGAAGAUUUUUCCCCAGAGAGUGACCAUAACUCUGAUUCUGAGAUGGAAGAUCAGGGGGACAAUGCUGAACAACAGAAAAGUCAUUCUAAUGGUGAAGAAGAAGAGGAGAUGGAAACGACGAACGGAACGUUUUAUUUUGGUAAAAAUCGAUACAAGUGGUCUGCUGUUCCGGCCUACCCAAAUUUGAAUAUCAGAACAAAAAAACACAAUCUGGUGAAAGUUCUUCCGGGGCUGAAAGGACCUGCAAAAUGUGGUGAUGUCGCUGAUCCGUUAAAAAUAUGGAGCUAUCUUUUCACAGAAGACAUGGAAAAUGAAAUAAUUCUGCGGACAAAUGAAAAGAUAUUGAUAUUCCAAGAUAAAUUUAGUAACGCUGAUCGAACGGAACUGAGAGAACUAACAAAGGAAGAAUUUCGAGCGUUUCUCGCUAUAUUGUAUUACGCUGCAGUUUUCAAGUCAAAUGAUGAAGACUUUCAAGAAAUGUUUGCAACAGAUGGAACGGGACGAGACAUAUUCAGGUCCAUUAUGUCAUUGAAAAGAGUAUAUGUGUUGCUCGCAUGUCUAAGUUGUCUGUUCUGUAUAUAA